CCUGCGUUGUUUAACUACAAUAGCUGUUCGGCUAGGCUCAAUACGCGUGUCUUGGGAUACACAAAACAAAAAAAAAAGGGUAAGAAGCUUUUCACGAUUUGGUCCUCGCGAUAGCACUACGCUGCACCUUCUACACUUUAAAUGAAACAGAUAUAUAACUACGCGUUAGAGUGAGAGAGAAAAAAGAGGUGUGAGUGUGUGACGUAAAAAGUUGGCGCCGUUGGCGGUUAUUGUCACGUUUGGAGUUUGGACUGUUUGGACGUUGUGUCAAUUGUCGAUUGUCGCUUUUCGGCAAAAGAUGGAGAAGACUUCGUUCGCGUCGUGCCAGAAUUACUUUGACAGGCUGCGGCGUAAAACGCGCGAGAUAGACGAGGGCAUCGAGAGGCUCACCGAAACCUGGAGAACGACCUGGAGAACGCCGCACCUUCUCGUUGGCGGCUACGCCGAGCGCACGGCCGAGACCAAUGCCUGCUUGGAGGAGAUGUGGGAGAUCAUCCGAAGUACCGGAGAUGCAGUGGAGAAAUUUAAUUCUGAAUUGGAAUCAUCUUUGGACGAGACAGAUCGAUUCCUUCAGGAAUCACAGGCGAUGUAUGAAGAUUUGAAGGAGCAGUGCAACAAUUUAGACAUCGUUUUAGCAGAAUUUGGUUAUCAUUAUGAAGAGGAUAGCAGUGAGCAGGAAAACCAUUCACAAAACAAUAGUCAAACUUCCAUAAGCGACAGUGUUUUUAUUACUGAAGAGUUGCCUGAUGUAGAAGUCGAGUUCACACCGAACUUGACGUGGAAGUGCAAGGCUAAGUCCAGAGAUUCAGAUAAUUGUAAUGGUAAUUCCGUCAAUCCGGUUAUCAAAGGUAUCGCGACACCUGUGAUCAAAAGUCUAAAAUCAGUUCUACAAUCAGAGAUUCUUAAUGCAAGAGGAUCAUAUAAACAAUAGUAAAAAUUCCAUGAACAGUGUUUUUAUUACUGAAGAGUUGCCUGACGAUUUGCAGUUAUAAUAUAACAAAGGUGUUAGAACUGAAAAAACUAGUCUUUGCGAAUUUUUAUACAUAUUUUUGUAAUAGAGAAUUGUGUAAUAAAGCAUUGAAAAAAAAUGAAAUCAAUCUUUGCUUUAAACAAUCUCACAUGGAUGCGAUCUAACUUAACCAAACUGAUCCAGCCUAACCUUAAAACUGUUGGCUGUAGCAUCGAAAACUUGUCACGAUUGACGCGCUUUGUAUAGUUCAACAAUAUAAAUUUUUGAGUUGCUAAUUACUGAUCCAAGUUGGAACAAUAAAUAACAGAUUUUAUAAUGA